GAUGUGAAACUCCCAUUGAUUGAUCUCCACUACACUCCCUGCUGACCAGCGAAAACACGGCGAAAGCGAGAAGGGGGAUUUAAAUUGGACAAACAUUUGUCCACCUCCUUUUGACGGACGCGGCGGACAUCUGCGUUACCGGGCCCGUCUGACGUGCUCCGCUAGCAGCUCACGUUCGACGGCGAGCCCGACAUGAAUAACACCGUGCGACGUUAGCUAGCUCGUAAUGUCGCCGCUGUUGGACUUGUUUUCCCCUCUGGACCCCGCUUCCCUUUAGCCCCGGGCUAGCUGGAAACAUCGACAUGAUGCUAAUGAACGAGCAGGUAUAGUUUGCCAACGCGAAGGGGCGUAACCUCGCCGCGGGCUGUCCGUCGCACUUCAACUGUGAUCUGUUCACGAACCCAUGCUAAUAACUUUGCUACACGAUCAGCUGUGACGGUGGCUGCCUUGUCUUUUGAGUUGGCUGCCGCUCGACAGCUAGCCAUCUUGCUCGUGUUGGUGGGUUGAACUUGGCUAGCUUCAUGUGACAGGGACAUCAACUCGAGUAGCAGUUGUUUAUUAUUCCAUACGUGGGCUAUUGACUAACUCGUUGACGACUCAAUUGCUUUCGAUCGGAUGUCUAUAAAAAACACUUUAUUUCCACUACGUGUCAAGCCUGGUGCGGUUCUCUGUGGACGGAACAUAGAGAACCUGAGACUUGCCCAGUUGUUGUUCUGGUGACGGACGAAAACUACCGAUAACUCAAUUUGUAUUUUGACUAUAGUUCUAAAUUAGUGACAGUAUUAUUAAUACUUAAGUUGUAAAAUAAACACGCGGGUUCCGUUAAGUUGAGUCGCACAGAGAGCGAAGGGGGAGAAGCGGAUGGAGUGGAUGCAGAUGUUGCCUGUGCUCCCCUGAACCCCGUCGCUUCCAGGUGUCUCACCUCCGUUCUUUUUCUAAGCAACAGCUUUAAAUGUCUCAGAAAAAAACACUCGCAGCAGCCGGUCGUCGGCGGCGGUAACUAGGUGGACCGAAGAGGGAGACUUCUGUCCGCUCCUGGACCCUGCACCUCUCCAGCCCACCUCCAUCACGUCCGCCCACCACCGCCCUCGGCCCGCGCGUCCCCAGCCAUGGACCCGCCGAGGACCCGCUCGCGGUCCCGGUCCGGCUUCUAUCACUUCGGCAUGAGCGGCAGCGUCGGGAGCAGCGGCGGCGGCGGCACCGCGGUCGGCGCGGGGAGCUUGAUGAACGCUAGUGGAGGAGGGGUGAGCAACCCGGGCUGGGCGCCCCACCACGGCGGUCGCGGCUACGUGGAGAGCCAGCAGCAGCAGCAGCAGCAGCAGCAGCAGCAACAACAGCAGCAGCAGCAUCAUCAUCAACAACAGCAGCAGCAGCAGCAGCAGCAGCAUCAUCAUCAACAGCAGCAGCAGCAGCAGCAGCAGCAGCAGCAGCAUCAUCAUCAGCAGCAGCAGCAGCAUCAUCAACAUCAGCAGCAGCAGCAGCAGCAUCAUCAACAUCAGCAGCAGCAGCAGCAGCAGCAGCACGCCCAGGGAAGCUACAUGUCUGCAGGGGCGCAGCGCCACUCCUCGCUCGGAGCGCACAGACACCCCGGGGCCGGAGGAGUGCUACAUUUCCAUCCCGAUAAUGUGUGCAGCGAGGAUCGGGACAAAAUGGAAGACAGCCCAAGCCCCAAAAGGCAGCGUCUCUCCCAGCAGUCCAUGUUGGAUCUGAGCUCCGCCCCUCCCUCUACUCCUUCCUCGCCCAUUCGCCCAUGGGAGCUGCCUCCCAGUCGCAGGCCACACUCCCACUACAUGCCAGAGAGAUGCCAUACACCUGUUCGCAACCGCCGCAGCCCACCAAUGAGACGCCAGCGUGGCCGGAGAGACCGUCUGACCCGACACCACCACCACGCCCACAACAACAAUCACCACCACUACAACAGCAACAACAACAACAACAACCACCACCACCACCAUCACCACCACCCCAACGCCCACCACCAUCACCACCACCCGCACUCCCACCACGGCCUGUCGUCAGGCCACCAGGAUGAAAACUACCGUCACCUGGCUCCUCCUCAGGGCUACCCACCUUAUAGCCAGCAACCGCCUCGAGGCCCUGGACUGGGGCCUGGGCCUGAAGAGCGUCCAGGUUACCAUCCCCCAAACCCCUCUCCGAGGCCCCUCCACCACUCACCAAACCUGUCUCCUAGGCUGCUGCACCCUGCGGCCCACCCACACCCUCACCCAUCCCAGCAACAGAACAGUGUAGUGCUGGACCUCCAUGAGCAGGGUUCAGUUCCAGUGUCGUAUCCUGUGUCUCCUGCGGGGGCGCCACCUGGCAUGCCACAUCGCUCGGCCCCUCAGCAGAUCCCAGCGUGCUCCGUGGUUUUCAGUGGACAGCACUACCCCGUCUGCAGUGUCCCUACUCCUGUCCUUCAGACGUGUUCUGUACAGCACUUACCGAUGCCCUAUCCAUUCCCAUCGCUGCUGUCCAGUGACCCGGCCUUCCUGCUUCCCCCUCCUCACCUCCCCCAUCCCCCAGCACACCUUUCCCACCACCCACCUCACUUGCCACAGCCUGGACAGUUUGGACCCUAUCCGACACAGCAGGCACGAUCGCCGUUACAGAGGAUAGAGAAUGACGUGGAGCUGCUUGGAGAGCACCUGUCUUUAGGUGCUGGGCUCCACUAUCCCCCUGCCACCCACCCGGCCCUCACCCCGCAUUCCACACAGCUUCACUUCCUCUCCCAUGAUCCCCUGCCUCAGGAGUUCUUCGGAGUGUCCUAUCCAAACUUCAUUCCUCGACGUCUCCCGGGGCGACGGUACCGCUCGCAGCCACUGCCACCUUCGCCUUACCACCCCAGCCUCCUGCCUUACUUCCUUUCAAUGCUGCCAGUCCAGCCCACAGGUCCUGCGAUCAGCCUGGAGCUGGAUGUAGAUGAUGGAGAGGUGGAAAACUAUGAGGCCCUCCUGAACCUCGCUGAGCGUCUGGGAGAAGCCAAACUCCGAGGGCUGACUAAAGGAGACAUAGAACAGCUCCCCUCCUAUCGGUUCAAUCCAAAUAACCAUCAGUCUGAGCAAACACUGUGUGUGGUGUGUAUGAGUGAUUUUGAGUCCCGCCAGCUGCUCCGAGUCCUGCCCUGCAGCCACGAGUUCCACGGGAAGUGUGUCGACAAGUGGCUGAGGGCCAACAGGACAUGUCCCAUUUGUCGGGCCGACGCCUCGGAGGUCCAAAGAGACUCAGAGUGACCACAUGAGGGCGCCAUACACUUUGUUGUCUGCCCAACACAUUCAGUACUGCCUGCUCCUCGUGUAUCGACACACCUGCGUGCUUGUACACACAGACACACACACAUAUACCAUUUCUUUGCCUUUUUGUACAGCACCGUCUCCGCCUUUUGGUUCUAGUAUAUUUUUCUGUUGAUCUGUUUCACCCUCCCUGAGAAAGUCCCUCUGUUCUCGCUCACUUUUUUCCCUCCUAUUAGUUUUUCCAGUACAUGUACAUACACACUGGUCCUCACACCUUUCACUGAAUGACUCACGUGUGUGUGUGUGUGUGUGUGUGUGUGUGUGUGUGUGUGUGUGUGUGUGUGUGUGUGUGUGUGUGUGUGUGUGUGUGUGUGUGUGUGUGUGUGUGUGUGUGUGUGUGUGUGUGUGUGUGUGUGUGUGUGUGUGUGUGUGUGUGUGUGUGUGUGUGUGUGUGUGUGUGUGUGUUUUCUCUGAUGAGUGACUGACUUUACUUCCUGUCUGUUUGUUUAUACACUGUCUACAUACUCUGAGUGUAUGUUUGUUAUAGACUUUAAUCCUUUUCUCUAGUUUGACACUAAGGGUCCAUGCUGCCACUAGACUUCUCAUUUGCCUCUUUGAUCAGUUUGUUUCAGUAGAAUUAUUAUUAAUAUUAUAAUUAUUAUUAUAGGUGAUUGUUUCCUGCCUGGCGGUUACCUCAUCAUUCUGGUUUUGGUUAUGUUUCAUAACGAGCGCUUCGUAGCACUAUUUUGAAAUCAAGCACAUGAAAUAUAUUUUUUCUUUUUCCUUUCGUUUAUUAGCCAAAAUAAGUUUGUCUGUGACUUUGCGGUGGCACAUGUGUUACAUAUAUACAUAUAUACUGUAUAAAUCUAUGAAUAUCUGUAUACCAAAUAAAAGGCUUGAUAUGAACUUUUCAA